UGAGAUUGUCAAGCAGAUCUCACCGAAAUAAAGUAAUAAAUUCACUAUACAAGCCAUCUUCAUAAAACCCUCAAACAGAAUUCUCCUUCUUCUUUUGCUUUGAUGAUGAUAUAUUUUUAUGUUUUCUCAUAAUUUUUAUUUUUUUUUCUUUCACACACAAUUUGUACUUGAGAAACAGAGAGAAACAAAAGAGUCCUAUGCUAGGGGACUCAAGUAGUGUUCUAGCAACCACAACAACAGCCGCUGAUGGUGGUGGUGGUGGUGGUGCUGCUGCUGCUGCUGCUACUGGUGGAAGUAGCAGGGACCCUCCUCCUACUCCUCCUCCUCUUUCUACUCAUCAGAUACCCGGUGGUGGUACCCAUGAAAGCAUUAGUGAAAUUGGGCAUGUGGGGUCAAACAAUUCAGGUGAAGAUGAUAGAGGAAGAGGCGAUGAAGGUGACCGGAGCUUUGGAGGUAACCGGUGGCCUAGACAAGAGACUUUGGCACUCUUGAAAAUAAGGUCGGAUAUGGACGUGGCGUUUCGCGAUGCCAGUGUAAAGGGUCCUUUGUGGGAAGAGGUUUCCAGGAAGCUAGCAGAGCUUGGUUAUAAUCGAAGUGCCAAGAAAUGUAAAGAGAAAUUCGAGAACGUCUUCAAGUACCACAAGAGAACCAAAGAAGGCCGUACUGGUAAACAAGAAGGCAAAACGUAUAGGUUUUUUGAUCAAUUAGAAGCGUUUGAGAAUCAUCCUUCUUCACUUUCAACACCACAGCCACCACAACCGCAACCGCCGCAGCAGCAGCAGCUUAAGCCUCAAACUCCUGCGGUGACAACCAUAGCAAUGCCAGUGGUUAACCCUCGUCCUCCUCCUCCUCCUCUUAGUGUUGGUGCACCUCCUAUUAGUACUGUUACAUCAACAACGCCACCAACAGCUGCAAGUAUUUCUCAAGGCAUUGUCACAGCAGGAAUAAACCUCACGAUCCCUUCAUUUCCACCUGCAAACCCUACAAUCUUACCCUCUGCACAAGCAACAAACCCUACAAUAAACCCAUCUUCUUUCUCUAAUUUUUCCCCAGAUCUCCACUUCAAUUCCACAUCUUCAUCCACUUCCUCAGACGUGGAACUCCGUGGGAGGCAAAGGAAGAAAAGGAAAUGGAAGGAUUUUUUUGAGAGGAUAAUGAAGGAAGUGAUACACAAGCAAGAGGAUAUGCAAAGGAAAUUCUUGGAAGCUAUAGAGAAACGUGAACACGAUAGAAUGGUAAGGGAAGAAUCCUGGAGAAUGCAAGAAAUGGCAAGAAUCAAUAGAGAGCGUGAAAUUUUAGCCCAAGAAAGAUCCAUUGCGGCUGCAAAAGAUGCUGCUAUAAUGGGAUUUUUACAGAAGCUAUCUGAACAGCAAAAUCCAGGCCAAAUACAGAAUAAUCCUCCACCGGCACAUCCACCACCACCACAGCCACCAGCAGCAACAACAGUACCAGUACCAGCGCCACCAGUACCAACACCAACACCACAACCAAUAACUGUGGUGCCGGUGGCACCAGCAGCGCCGCCACAGUAUGCGACAAAUCUGGACACGAAAUCAGACAGUGGGGAUCAGAUUUUGACGCCGCCAAGCUCUUCGAGAUGGCCUAAGGUAGAAGUUGAAGCUUUAAUUAAGAUGAGGACUAAUCUGGACUCCAAGUACCAAGAAAAUGGACCCAAGGGGCCGCUAUGGGAGGAGAUCUCAGCUGGAAUUAGAAAGCUUGGUUACAAUCGAAGUGCAAAAAGAUGCAAAGAGAAAUGGGAAAACAUCAACAAGUACUUCAAGAAAGUAAAAGAGAGCAACAAGAAAAGGCCUGAAGAUUCAAAAACAUGUCCAUACUUUCACCAACUUGAUGCUUUAUAUAAAGAGAAGAACAAGAACGAUCCUUCAUCAAAUAUCCAAUUGAAACCUGAGAAUUCAGUGCCUUUAUUGGUACGGCCAGAGCAGCAAUGGCCUCCUCCUCAACAAGAGCACGGCCCUGAUUCAGUGAUGGAAGAUUUGGAAAGUGAGGAUCAUCAAAAUCAUCAAGAUGAGGAUGACAAAGAUAAUGAUGAUGAAGAAGAAGAUGAAGCCGGAGGAUAUGAAAUUGUAGCAAAAAAGCCAACAACAAUGAGCUAGCCGGGUGAGAAAGAGUAAGUUUUUAAUUAUUUUAAGGCCAAAGAAGCAAGCAAGAAAAAGAAAUUCUGUGAGAUCUAGCUUGAUGAUAAUUGGAAUUGAAAGCGGUGGCAGGUAAGAUUCCGGCAGCCGUGAAUUGGGGUGGACAAUCUCAUAAAUUUGUAAGCAAGAACACACACAUGGUGAGGGAUGAAUUGCAUAUAGUCAGUGGAUUAUAUGUUUAAUUAAUUUUAUAAUUUAUUUAUUUUUUCCUAAAUAAAUAAGUAGAGAAGAAAAGAGAGAUGAAGAUGAAGAAGAAGAGAGAGAGUUUCAGGUUCAAAAAAUAAAUAAAAAUGAGAAUAGCUAGUGCUGUAUUUUUCUUUUAUUUUUCAUAGUGGUGUAAAUGUUAGAAUUUGGAAAAAUGUUUUUCUUUUUUUA